GUCUCGUCUCGUCUCGUCUCCCUCUCUCUCGUCCGGUCCUCCCUCCCCUUCCUGAGGCGUUCCCUCUCUCUCCUCCCCUUUCCUCUGCUGGUCUCUACUCUCUUGUCAUCGCACCCGUCUCCCCGCUCUGACUCCGUCCCGAGCGGCCGACUCCGCCCGCGCCGCCGCCGCCGCCGCCUCGUCCCGAUCGACCCCCGAAUCGCCGGAAACCGUGGACUUCGCGAGGUUGUGUCUUUACCUCCGAGCGGUGUAGGGAAUAUAACAGGGUGACAGCUGAAUUGCAGAAAAAAGGAGGACAUUUGGUUGUUGCAUGAUGGUGGAAGGCCCCAAUUUCGCUGGCCUGAUUGGUGGUCAUGACAAUGGUGGGAAUUUUUGCGACAUGGCAUACUACCGGAAACUCGGUGAGGGCUCAAACAUGUCGAUAGAUAGCCUUAACAGCAUGCAGACCAGCACGCAUGGCGGCUCCAUUGCAAUGUCUGUGGACAAUAGCAGUGUAGGGUCCUGCAGCUCCCAUACUAGGAUGCUCAAUCAUCCUGGCCUCAAGGGACCUGUUGUUGGCAAUUACUCCGUCGGUGGGCACAGUAUUUUCCGUCAUGGACGGGUGUCUCAUGCCUUGAGCGAUGAUGCGCUAGCACAGGCGUUGAUGGACCCAAGGUACCCGACUGAGACACUCAAAGAUUAUGAGGAGUGGACAAUUGAUUUAGCCAAGCUCCACAUGGGAAUGCCCUUUGCACAGGGCGCCUUUGGAAAGCUCUACAGGGGUACCUACAAUGGGGAAGAUGUUGCCAUUAAGCUUUUGGAGAGGCCAGAGGCUGAUCCAGAGAGAGCUGGGUUAAUGGAGCAGCAGUUUGUUCAAGAAGUUAUGAUGCUUGCAACCUUGAGGCACCAGAAUAUUGUUAAAUUUAUUGGAGCAUGCAGGAAGCCAGUGGUUUGGUGCAUUGUGACGGAGUAUGCCAAGGGUGGAUCAGUUAGACAGUUUCUAGCGAAGAGGCAGAAUAGGUCGGUUCCACUAAAACUGGCGGUUAAGCAAGCAUUGGAUGUUGCAAGGGGGAUGGCCUAUGUUCAUGGUCUUGGGUUCAUCCAUAGGGAUCUUAAGUCAGAUAACCUCUUGAUAUCUGGUGAUAAAUCUAUCAAGAUAGCUGACUUUGGAGUAGCUCGCAUUGAAGUAAAAACUGAGGGGAUGACACCUGAAACGGGAACCUACCGUUGGAUGGCACCAGAGAUGAUUCAGCAUAGGCCAUAUGACCAGAAAGUUGAUGUCUACAGCUUUGGCAUUGUGCUGUGGGAGCUCAUAACUGGCAUGCUCCCUUUUGCUAACAUGACAGCAGUGCAAGCUGCUUUUGCUGUGGUGAACAAGGGUGUCCGCCCAGCUAUACCCCAGGACUGCCUGCCCACCCUCGGUGAGAUCAUGACCAGGUGCUGGGAUCCAAAUCCUGAUGUCCGUCCGCCGUUCACUGAAGUUGUGAGGAUGCUGGAGCAUGCUGAGGUGGAGAUCCUGAGCACUGUCCGCAAGGCCCGAUUUCGGUGUUGCAUCUCCCAACCGAUGACCACCGACUGAAUCAAACAGAAGAGAGUCGAAAAGAACUCCAUGCAAGCAUAAUUGAGUAAAUUUAUCUUGUGUCCAGACUUCGCUCAGCUGAAGUAGAAAGCACACCUGAGUGGCUGAGUGUAUGGCCGUGUGUGUGUAUACUCAGGUGUAAGCAUAUUGUCUUUGAAAUAUUCCUGCCAUUAGAAAUAUACCUAGUUCGCGGUUUCAGACUCUUGAGAUGUUUUAGGGCUAGCCUAUGCCCUGACGAAACAUCAUGCAGGCUUCCUAUUCUUGUAAUGUCGUUGUGGCCCUGCUGCUUUGUUCAUGUUAUAACCCUCCUACUGGAUUAUGCAAACACUUUGUUUUGUUGC